CCCUCUUUCGCCGACCGCGCGUCUCGCGCUGCCUCCGUCGCCUGUUCCGCUCCUUCGAGCCAUAAAAACACUGUCGGCCCGGACGCACGGACAUACUGAAGUUUUAAAUAAUAAGACAAUAGUUGAGCCAGAGAGGAGAAAACGACCGUUAGCGGCACAGCGGGGCCGGGACCCUCGGACAAGAACUAACAGCAGCGAUGAGUCGCAAGGUGGUGCGGCAGAGCAAGUUCCGACACGUCUUUGGCCAGGCGGCGAAGGCGGAGCAAUGUUACGAUGACAUUCGCGUGUCCAAGGCCACCUGGGACAGCUCCUUCUGUGCCGUCAACCCCAAGUUCCUAGCAGUCGUCGUGGAGUCCGGCGGUGGGGGUGCCAUCCUUGUCCUGCCCCUGUCUAAGAUGGGCCGCCUGGACAAGAACCACCCGUUGGUGGCGGGUCACGCGGGACCCGUGCUGGACAUCGACUGGUGUCCACAUAAUGACAACAUCCUGGCCAGCGGCUCUGAGGACUGCACUGCCAUGGUAUGGCAGAUUCCAGACCACGGCCCAGCACGGCACACUUCGGAGCCCAUUGUGACCCUGGAGGGCCAUUCGAAACGGGUGGGCAUUGUGAGCUGGCACCCCACAGCACGGAACAUUAUCCUCACCGCAGGCAGUGAUAACCUGAUCAUCAUCUGGAACGUGGGCACUGGAGAGCCCCUCAUCUCCAUGGACGACCACCCGGACCUCAUCUACAACGUCAGCUGGAACCGCAAUGGCAGCCUCUUCUGCACCACCUGCAAGGACCGGAGGCUGCGUGUGUGUGACCCCCGCAGGAGGGAGGUGGUGGCGGAGCGGCUGGCCCCCCACGAGGGCAUCAGGCCCAUGCGAGCAAUCUUCACCAGGGAUGGGAACAUCUUCACCACAGGCUUCACCAGGAUGAGCCAGCGUGAGCUGGGCCUGUGGGACCCGACCAGUUUUGAGGAGCCCAUUGCACUACAGGAGAUGGAUACCAGUAAUGGCGUCCUUUUGCCAUUCUAUGAUCCUGACACCAACAUCGUAUACCUCUGUGGAAAGGGUGACAGCAGCAUCCGGUACUUUGAAAUCACGGAUGAGCCCCCCUACGUGCACUACCUCAGCACCUACAGCAGCAAGGAGCCCCAGCGAGGCAUGGGUUUCAUGCCCAAGAGAGGCGUGGACGUCAGCAAAUGUGAGAUCGCCAGGUUGUAUAAGUUGCACGAGAGGAAGUGUGAGCCCAUCAUGAUGACUGUGCCCAGAAAGUCGGACCUGUUCCAGGAUGACCUCUACCCAGACACAGCUGGACCAGAGCCAGCGUUGGAGCCUGAGGAGUGGCUGGAGGGGAGGGAUGAGGACCCGAUACUGGUGUCUUUACGAGAGGGCUACGUGCCCCCAAAGAGCCGGGAGCUCAAGGUGGCCAAGAAGAAUGUGCUAGACACGCGGCCAGCACCUCGACGGAGCAUGUCUUCCUGUGACGGUGGCAACAUUGCGCCUCAGCUUCUCGAGAAGUUACUGGAAGAGGUGCAUAACCUGAGGGCAACGGUCCUGUCACAGGAGAAGCGCAUCUGUGACCUGGAGAACAAGCUCUCCAAAUUCACCAAUGGCACCGCGUAGAUUCCCCAAGGACUCUACGCUGGGCCCAGGUUCGACCUGACCCAGCCUACAAAGCCUAACAGCCCCUUUCUGGUCAUGUGUCCACAGCCCAUAAAUACUAUUUGAAAUCUGUGGCUCCUCCUGAUUCCCACGAUUCCGUGUCGCUCCUUUAAGUAAACUUUUAAAUUGAUAAAUUGAUCACGGCAAUGUACAUAUGAAAAUCUGGAGAAAAAAUUAAAAGGAGUCCAGUGGAAUAUAAAACACCGUGUGCUCGAAAAAUCCCCCAAGAGACACUUGAAAACAUUGAUUAAAGAUAGCGCUUUUUUUUUACGUUUAUGGUCACCCGUGUUGUUCUGACAUGUUAGUUUUUAGGGGAUGUUCUGAGGAAUGCCCUAAAGUGCCCAAUAUUUCCAACGUCAAGAAUUUCUGGUUGUACA